AUGCUUUCCUUCCACACCGAUCCAUGCGCAGACUUUCAGCGUGGCUUCUGCGCCAAGCACGGCGCGCGGGGCAAGGCACAUCAGUGCCGUGGAUACCACUUUGAUUCGCAGCGACGGCGGAAGCCAGUGGAUCCCACCACCGGCCAAUUGGCGUACUGGGAAACUGCCUGCCCAUCCUGGGGUAUUGAGAUGGGCUUCUGUUGCAUGGCUGGAGAUAGUUGUCCUUUCGCUCACGGUCGAGAAGAGGUUUCCUAUCAUCCUGCCAAAUACAAGACGCGGCCUUGCAAUGGCACUGAUUGUCGUGGAGAGGGUGCGUGCUGCUUUGCUCAUGAUGACACUGAGAUGAGGCAAGGCGCCCCAGGGCGAUACUCGUACUUCACACUGGCAUCGUCCAAGCUUCGUGGCAGCGGUCCGCGCGUCCCAAUCGACUUGUCAAGGCGCGGUUCCACAGACCCGGGCGGGCGGCCAGGUGGAAUUUCGAACCCCAAAGUCCGCUUCUGUGCCUACUAUCCGCAUGUUGGUCAAUGCCGGCGGGGCUCCUCUUGCUCCUUUGCGCAUGCUCGGGAGGAGGUUCAGAUACCGCUCCUCUCGGUUGAGGAAGAGGAGCAUGAGGAGAGCGCGAUGACCCCGGACUUCUUUACCAGGAAGUUCAAGACGAUGUGGUGCCCCAUCGGCGCCCAGCAUGACUGGCAAAUAUGCGUCUACGCGCACACUUAUCAGGAUGCCAGGCGCCAGCCAUCCAUCGGAUAUGGACCGCAGCCGUGUCCCUUCUGGGGGAAGAAGGACACGCGAGUCGCAUAUUCGCAGCGCUGUCCCUUGGGCCUGCGUUGUCCAUAUGCUCACGGUGCCAAGGAACAACUUUACCAUCCAAAGUAUUUCAGGACGGUGACUUGCCGCGACAUGCAGAUGAAGGGGUGCCCAAGACAACGACUCUGUGCCUUCUAUCAUCGCAGAUCAGAGCAUCGGAAGUGCUUAGCCUCAGCACGUGUGCUGCUGCUGCUGCUGCCGCUGCGCUGCCCACUUAGGCUGUAA